AUGGGGAUCGAGACGACGCCGCGGGCGAGGACGACGCGGACGCUGCGAACGCGACGAGGGGCGUGCGGGGUGGAGUUUGCGCGUUCCUCGCGCGCGGGCGCGGACGGAACGUCGGUGGCGUUGGUGUGUGAGUACGAACACGAAGCGGCGGAGGGGACGCGCGCGGGCGCGGUGGGCGCGUACGCGUGCGCGCGUUCGGAGGACGGGCAUGGGGUGGAUAUGCGUCGAGUGGGGGGGGUCGGAGACGAGCCUUCGAACGGUGAUGCCAUUGGGGCGGUUUUUGAGGCGCGGUGGAGCGCGAGGGUUGGAGAGGAGACGUCGAGGUGCGCGUUCGUGGACGCGAGCGGGUUUUUAACGACGUGCGACGUCGACGUCGUCGAGGACGAGGGCGCGGACGCGCCGGCGAUCGCGGCGACGUUGGAGGUGAAAUAUAAGGUGCAGUGUGGCGGUGGGGGGCUCGGGAUGGCGACGUGUUUGGAUUGGCGAUCGGACGGGGCGAUGUUGACGAGCGCUUCGGAUGGAAGUUUUCGCGUCUCGCGAGAGGAUGGCGCGCGCGUCGAGGUCGUCGACGUCGUCGAGGGGGCGCACGACUUGGAGAUGUGGGCGAUCGCGUUUGAUAUCGCUCGAAACGAUGUCGCGUACACGGGCGCGGACGAUUGCGCGUUCAAGGUUUGGGAUUUACGCGACGCCUCGAGGGCGCGGCUGACGAAUCGAAAGACGCACGGAGCCGGCGUGACGUGCGUCUCGCCAUCGCCUCGCGACGAGAACAUCAUCGCCACCGGGUCGUACGACGAUCACGUUCGAUUGUGGGACGUUCGAUCGUUGAAGAAUCCCGUGAGCGAGCUCAACGUCGGCGGCGGCGUGUGGCGAUGUCGUUGGCACCCGACGCGAGACGCGCUCGCGUGCGCCGCCAUGGGCGGAGGCGCCGUGCUCUGCGACGCCACCGGUGGCGCGCUCGUGCAAACGUUCGCGUACGACGAACACGAGUCGAUCGUCUAUGGCGCGGAUUGGGCGCGGUUGAGCGAUGAUCCGGAUCGAGAGAGCGUCGACGUCCUCGUCACGUGUAGCUUUUACGACAAGUGCGUCAGAUGUUGGUCGCUCGUAUAA